GUUUACGACAGAAUGGAGCCUCCCGCCAAAAAGCCGCGCGUGCUUCGGACGCAUGCAAGUACGUGGCCACGAACCCCGUUACCGCCGCUGAAUGCUGCCGAGCAUGACAUCCGCUUUCAGUGGAUUGACAUUGGCAUGUACGACGGAGAGCCGCUUGCCGUGAAUCCAUAUUCGCGCACACAACCCAUCCCUGGCCCGCGUACUGGUAGUUCGUCCAUCAUUCGAUUGACGGGUGUGACCGAGGAUGGGCACAGUAUCAUGGCUCACAUUCAUGGCUUUGUGCCGUACUUUUAUGCGUCGUGUCCUGACGGGUUGAAGACUUCCGAUUGCAACACCGUCCGCGAAGCAUUGGACGCCGCCGUCAAGAAGAAUUCGUCGGACGCGCCUGCGGUUCAGCUGGUUGAAAUUGUCGAAGACAAGAUGUCCUUGUACGGGUACCAAUUCGACAAGAAAGUGCGCUUGAUCAAGGUUUACUUGAGCUUGCCGAACUUUGUGCCAAAGCUUCGAACUGCCCUCGAAAGUGGCAUCACCAUUCCUGGCUUCGGCACGCGCAGCUACCAAACCUACGAGAGCAACGUGCCGUACAUUUUGCGAUUCAUGAUUGACCAAGAGAUCCAAGGGUGCAACUGGGUCGAACUUCCCGCGGCAACCUACCGCUUCCGCACGCCCGACAAGCAAAUAUCGCUGUGCCAAAUGGAGGUCGACAUCGUGUACUUGAACAUGGUGAGCCAUGCGCCCGUGGGGGUGUGGGGCAAGCUGGCGCCGCUUCGCAUUUUGAGCUUUGACAUUGAAUGCAUGGGGCGCACUGGUCAAUUCCCCGACGCAGACAAGGACCCGGUGAUUCAAAUUGCAAACGUCGUGUGGGAGCAAGGCGCCGAGCACCCCGUGACGCGCAACGUGUUUGUGCUGGGCACGUGCAAGCCCAUCGUGGGGGCGCAUGUGAUGGAGUUUGAGAGCGAAGGAGACAUGCUGGAGGCGUGGGCGGCAUUUGUGCGACAGGUGGACCCAGAUAUCCUCACGGGAUAUAACAUUGACAACUUUGACGUGCCAUACCUGAUCAACCGAGGCAAAGCGCUCAAGCUGGCGCCGCACUACAAUUGCUGGGGACGACUGAAAAACACGCCAAACCACAUGGAGAAGAAGGCAUUCCAGUCGGCGCAGUACGGCAAGAGCGACAACAUGCGCACAACCAUGCACGGCCGCACGUCGUUCGACAUGCUUCCCAUUAUCCGGCGCAACCAGCAGCUGAGUUCGUACUCGCUCAACUCUGUCUGCGCGACGUUCCUGGGCCAGCAAAAGGAGGACGUCCCGCACGGAAUCAUCAGCGACCUCCAGCGCGGCACGGCCGACGACCGCCAUCGCCUCGCCGUGUACUGCCUCAAGGACGCCGUGCUCCCGCUCACACUGCUGCAAAAGCUCAGCUACUUGGUCAAUUACAUUGAAAUGGCGCGCGUGACAGGCGUCCCGUUGGACUUUCUCAUCGACCGCGGCCAGCAGAUCAAGGUGUACUCGAUGUUGCUGCGCAAGUGCCGCGGCGCCGGCUUGGUGGUCCCCAACCUCCCCCGCGCCGGCGGCGGCGGCGACGACAUGGGGUACGAAGGCGCGACCGUGAUCGAGCCGGUCAAGGCGUACUACACGGUGCCGAUCGCGACGUUGGAUUUUGCGUCGCUGUACCCCAGUAUCAUGCAGGGGUACAAUCUGUGCUACUCGACGCUCGUGGCGCCAUCCGACAUUGGCAAACUCCCAGAGAAUGCGUACCAGACGUCUCCAUCCGGCGACGUGUUUGUACGAGAUACGACCAAGAAGGGCAUCUUGCCGCUGAUUUUGGAAGAACUGCUCAGUGCGCGCAAGCAAGCCAAGCGCGACAUGGCGACGGCGCCGGACGCCAUGACCAAGGCGGUCCAGAACGGGCGCCAACUCGCGUUGAAGAUCAGCGCCAACUCGGUGUACGGAUUCACGGGGGCCAACGUCGGGCAGCUGCCGUGCAUCCCCAUCGCGUCGUCUGUGACAGCGUACGGCCGCGACCUCCUAUUGCGUACGCGCGAAGAGGUGGAGAAGGUGUUUACAGUUGCCAACGGGUACAAGCACAACGCCGAGGUGAUCUACGGCGACACGGACUCGGUCAUGGUCAAGUUUGGCGUCGACUCGGUAGCGGACGCGAUGCCGUUGGCGGUGGAAGCCGCCAAGUUGGUUUCCGACAUCUUUCCCCGCCCAAUCAAACUCGAGUUUGAAAAAGUAUACUUUCCGUACUUGCUCAUGAACAAAAAGAGAUAUGCUGGUUUGCUGUGGACCAAACCCGAAAAGUACGAUAAACUCGACACCAAGGGGCUGGAAACCGUGCGUCGUGACAACUGCCUGCUGGUCCGGCGGAUGGUGGAGAGCUGUUUGAAGAAGAUUCUCAUCGAACGGAACGUCGACGCUGCGAUAGCGUACACCAAGCACAUCAUUUCCGAGCUGCUGCAGAACAAGAUUGACAUUUCCCUGCUCGUCAUCACCAAGGGAUUGAGCAAAUCCACAGAAUCGGACGAUUACAAGGUCAAGCAGGCGCAUACGGAGCUCGCGGCGCGCAUGAAGAAGCGCGACCCGGGCUCGGCGCCCGUCCUCGGCGAACGCAUCGCAUACGUGAUUAUCGACAAGGGGAAGAACGUGCCGCUGUACGACAAGGCCGAGGACCCGGUGUUCGCGCUGACCAACAACAUCCCGAUCGAUUGCGAUUACUACAUGUCCAACCAGCUGCAAAACCCCAUCGAGCGCAUCUUCGAGCCCAUCAUCGGCCUCGCCAAGGUCAAAAGCGACUUGUUUGCAGGGGAUCACACGCGCAAGCGCUCCAAGCCGGGGCUGGUGCAGAACAGCGGCGGCAUGAUGAACUUUGCCGUCAAGAAGCUCAAGUGUUUGGGCUGCAAGGCGCCGCUGAGUGGUGACCAGGCGCUGUGUGGGUCGUGCAUCGAGCAAGAAGCAAACGUGUACGGCAAGCAGCUCAGCGUCGUCGUGACAGCGGAGCAGCAGUUUGCAAGACUGUGGACUCAGUGCCAGAAUUGCCAGGGCAGUUUGCACCAAGACGUGCUGUGCUCGUCGCGCGACUGUCCAAUCUUUUAUAAGCGCAUCAAAGUCCAAAAGGAACUGGGUGAAGCGCAGCUCGCCCUCGACCGCUUCAAGUACGAAUGGUAAACUCGGCAGAAUUAUAUAUAUAUAUAUAUACUGUAUAUUGUGCUUUAUUUUUCCA